AAAUGAAUGAAACACAAGACAGUGACACAAACUUUGAAGUGGCCUGCUCUUAAUGUUAAACAACUCCUGACAAUUAUGUCAAAUUAGAUUGUGAUCAUAAGUUUUGUCUCGUUUGUUUAGCCUAUAAUUAUCUACAAUCUCAAUAAUUGAACCCUGAAUCAUAGGAUAUUGUAAAAGUUGCUAUCUGUUCUAAAUGUUAAUAUGAAACUCAUCUUGAUCCAGAUACUAUUGAAGCUAUUUAAUAUGUGAUUAAGGAAAUUAUCAUUCCACUUAUUGAGUAAAAUUAAGAGGAACACAUUGUUGACAAUGAUUUCGAUCUUAAAUAAUCAGAAACUAUUAGAGAAUCUAAAACUAACUUUGCUGUUGAUUUAAAUAAUGAAUAGUAGAAUCUUAAAUUUGAAUUAAAGGAUAAAUAUACAAACAAUUUAUAAUUUCAAAAAGUUGACUCAAACAAAGAAGUCUCUGAUUUUAAAGAAAUUAAAAAAAAUAAAGAAUCCAUCUCAAAUAAAAAUGAUAUGACUACUGCUUUGAAUGAAAGAGUACAACUUUAUUUAGAAAGAUUGGAUAAAAGUUUUAAAAAUAAGUUUGAAUCUAUUAGAGAUAUUUAAGAUUAGAAAUUCCAAUUCCAAUAAAAAUGCUAAUCUACUAGGGAUGAAAUCACAUAAGAAUAUUAAAAAGUAAUUUCAUAUGUUAUUAUAAUCAUUAGUAAAUUAUUGCUUUAGAAUAAAAAAAAAAUAGUCUUAUUAAUGAUGUUAAUGUACUUGAAACAUAAUAAUUACUAGAAAUUCAAAAAUAAGAGAAUGAAUAUGUAAUAUAUACUUUUAUUUUAAAAAGGAAUCAUAAAUCUAAUUAAUGGCUAAAUAUUAAGAAGAAUUAAAGAAUUUAAAAGCCUUUCCUGAAGAUCUGAGCAAAUUCUUAAUUGAAAUUGAAAAAAUUAUGACUGCCCCAUCUCAAUCUCUGUAAAUAGUAAAAUAUGUUUGCAUGAAUAGAAAUCAUCACUUUUGUCAUCCCAAAGAUAGCUUAUUCGAAUUUAAUCUCUUACAUAACAGACAGAAGAGAGAUUAACAUCAGAUUCCAAAAUGAUUACAUUUUAAUAGAAAUUUAGUCCUGUUAAAAAUGAUAGAACCAAUGAAAUUUGGAAUAAAUUGAAUGAAAGUGAAAAAAAAAGUAGACUUAAAGAAAGCUCAAUCUCGUAAUAAAAAUCUAAUCAAAAAAGUAGAUGGAAAGAAACUAUCCUAGAAAUCUUUGAUAAAAAAGAUUAAAGCAUUGAAAGAUUUUCUAAUAAUAAAUACAAUUAAUCAAAUAGAACAUACAAUAUUCAUUAAGUUUUGAACAUGCAACAAUAGAGUUUUUAAAUUUAAAAAGAAAAUUUAUUAAAAAGGUGA